AUGGAUGCUUCGCCAGUUGGCCUCGGUGCCAUUCUAACCCAGACAACACCCGAAAAGGAUGAUAAGAAAGUUAUGGCUUACGCCAGUCGCUCCCUAACACCAGUUGAAAGCCGGUACUCGCAUAUAGAAAAAGAAGCAUUAGCUAUUAUAUAUGGCAUUGACCAUUUUCGUUUAUAUCUUUACGGGCACGUUUUUACAUUAAUAACUGACAACAAACCUCUUUAAUUAAUCUACAAGAACCUCCAGUGUCGUCCAUCCAGCCGUAUCGAGCGAUGGUGCUUACGUCUGGAAGAGUACUCAUUCCAUGUUAAAUAUCGACCCGGUCCAAAGAAUCCUUCAGACUAUCUAUCUCGUCAUCCAUGCACUGCCACAAACACCAGAAAACCCCUUGAGAAUAUAGAUGAAGAACACGUAUGCCUGAUUGCUGAAAAUGCCAUACCUGUUGCUAUGGAUAUUGCUUGUAUCAAGGAUGCAACCAGACAAGACCCCAAUCUUAGUAAAACCAUAGAAUUCAUUCAAACAAAUAACUGGACUGCUCUUGAGAAACAAGACAAAAUGCCUACAUGA